UACUCGUGUAUUUUGAACAUCUCUGGUUUCGAACACACAAAUAUAUCCUCCCCCAUAUUUAUGAAAUUUAUCGAUAACACUUCUACUAGCGUUGUGUGUCGUCUCUAAUAUCCCCUGUUUUUGCUUCAACAUUUCAUUUGUGAUUUUCGUACUCUUAAAUCUGAAACUUAUUUAUAUUCCAACAACUCUAGUAAAUGGCGUCUGUGUAGAAUGAAUAUCGCAAAUUGUAUAACCUGCCUAUUGUGGGUUUUGAGUACAUGUUGUUUGGUCGUAUCUAAUGCAUACAGGAACAUUCGCCUGGAGGAUAACUUAUGUGCAAAUCGUUUACUUGUCAAAAUUAAGAAUCAAUUUUAUGGCUCUUCAAUGACUUUGCUGGAAGACCGAGACUCGGCCGCCAUCAUAACACAACGUUGGAACACUAGUCUUCCUGGGCUUCAUUCGUCAAGCAAAAUUCGCUAUGACUGUGAAUUCAAAGUGCAAAGCAGUGAGGAACCAUUUCGCCUUCCCCGUGGUAUAUACACUGUGAUAACACGUCUCAAGUUUCGAAGAGAUCCCGAAACAGAGGAAUGCCUAGAUUGGAUACAGUUUAAGGGUGGCAAUCGCUCACCAAGUCAACGCAUUUGCAAUGAGGUAUCCAUUGAUGGGCCAGCAGGCCGUUUGAUAUUCGAUGAACGUGAUCGCGAUGUAACUGUACUUAUUCACAUCGAGAAGAACAGAAUGAUUACCGAGCCACUAGAGUUACGGAUGGUGUUAACUGCUCACUCCGAAUGCAAGUAUACGGGGGAUUUCUUGUGUGACCCCCAGAAUCUAUAUUCAUGCAUAUCACGCUAUUUUGUUCGUGACAAUGUCACCAAUUGCAUGUAUCCGUGUCGUGAUGAGGUAUCAUGUUUCCAUGAUGUUGUCCCUGCUCCAGAAGUUGACACAACAAGUGUGGCCUUGUCUGCAAUAACUUCUUUAAUAUUUACAAUGUUGGGUGUGGGCUUUUGCAUAUGGAUAUGUUGGAAGUAUUGGAACUGUAUAACAGUGCAGCAGCGAGCACACGAAGAUUCUGCACGAACUGGACGACGGCAGCAUCGUCCUCAACAUGAACAACGCGGUGCUUCUAGGGACGCACCUGUAAUCGAACUGCCUACAGCUCCAACAUUUAACAUCCAUGCUACAACUGCAAAUCACAACAAUAGUGUGACAAGGCCGGCCCAUCAAGAAGACGCUGCAAAAGAUUUGCCACCUAGUUAUGAAGAACUAUUUCCAGAUAGAUAGAUAAACAUCACAGUUGAUCAGUUUGAAGUACUUUGUUACCCAACGCCAAUGAUAAACCGCUAGGCUUCAUUACCAAUACUUCUUGCACAAUUCGGGAAAAUGGAGCAAUCAGUUUCAUACGUACAUUGAACAUUGGAUUGAUUGUCAUAGCAAAUAUAUAUAUAUAUAUACAUACAUAAACAUUUAUCUAUUUGUGUUCAAGGCAAUAAUUACGAACUCACAUUUAUUUUGAAACAAACCAAUCUUCCAUUCGGUGCCAGGCGCAACAAUUGUCAAACUUAUAAAUGAUAAAAAUUCGAAUUCUAACUCAAUUUAUUUAUAAAUUUAUUGUAAAUAUUAUACUAUAUCCUAAAGUAGACUAAUGUUGCACAUGAAUCUCAUUCAAAUAUCUACUGGUUGAGAAUUGUCAAAAAUUGAUUCAUACCUAUUUUAUACCAUUAACUAAUAUAUAUUCGUAUUUUAUUUUUUGUCCAAAAUUCUUGUGUAAACAAAAAAAAAUUAGUUGUUAAAUAUUUCAACGUAGUGUCAAAUUUUAAUGGACGCUCAAAAGUUGUUAUGUAAUUAGUUACUGUUGUCCAAGUCAAAUCAUCUUUAUUGAAAAAUAUAAAUUGAACCGAGUGUGACUAUUAACUAAUGUGUUCAUCCAAAUGUUUGUUUAUAUAUCUAAUCGUAAGAAUAAUAAAAAAUCUAAGUAGUGAAUUGCGCGUACUCAACCUCUCCAUAUCACUCUGCUUUUGUUUGCAUCUUGGUCCAAGUACUUUUUAUUGCUUAUAUAUAGUUUUUUUUUUUUUUGCAUAGAAACAUAAAUGUACCUGUUAAGUUUAUAUCCUAAGUAAAAUGCUUUAAUUAACGGUUGUUUGCUCGGAUUCACUUUUCGCUUUUCCCUUACCUAUUUGUUAAUAUCACUUAAACAAAAUGCCAAAAAUGUA